GUUGCUAGGUAGACUCGCGGCGCGUAGAACCGAAUCGCGCCAGUAUCUGGACCCAGUGUCGUGGACACUUUCGAAUCACGCUGGCCAAAAGUGGAGAGACGUCCGUUAUGGUUGGCCGUACUCUGUCAUAGUCGGUGCGACAACGAGCUACACGCGUUACAGCAACGGUAACGUCUAGAGGAGACGCGAGAUCGAUCCCGAUUCGGAUUGAAUAUUUCUCCUUCUUUCUGGCUUAAAAUCCGUAAAGUUGACGCGGAUCGAGACUCGGCCGAGGUGUCGUUUAUCUAAAAAGUAAAAAAUUCGAAGGGCAACGAUCCUGGGUCGAGUACGGGUUAUCGUUUAUCAACGGUGACAUUGGCACGGCGAUUGAUCAGCACGCGAUGCCAAUUAAGUGACUUCGCGGCCUCCUUCCUGCCGAGACACCUGCCGCGCUCACCAUAGGAGAGAAGGUUCUAUCAAGGAGGGGUGAAUCAUAACGAUAGGUCGAAAUGGCGUUUGCGUGGUACCUAAUAUUAUCAAUCUUUUUCUUGAUGGUCACCCGGGGCGAACCCUGCACCGAGUACGGAUGUCCAGGGCGGCCGCAGUACGAGCCUUUCGUACCCGCGCCUCCAGGACAUACUCCUCACUGCGCGCCACCGGGGCAAACCUUCUGCGAAACCCCGGACCAUUAUCCUCGACAACUCAUCAAGUUUCUCGUCGACAAAUGCAGCUUCGAUUUUAACACCGCGUUGCAAGAUGAAUCCCGCGAAGAUUUCAACGUUUACAGUUCUCCUCCGGAUUAUAACCAAGGCUAUGAUUAUCCACGACAUGACGAUCAAUUAUACACUCAGCCUCCUAUAAGAGGACAGCCAGCCUCAGAAUAUGGCCUUCCGUCCAAUAGUAGCCGUUAUCAUAGUUACAAAUACUCCGCACCGCCACAAGCGCAGAGGAAUCCCUUCCUCCCGGAAGUAACGCUGAAAUAUCAUCAGGACGUCCCACGACAGAUCGAUCGUGCUUAUUCGCAGGAACCCAUAAGCGUACUAGAACCAAACCAAUCGUGGCUGACCAAUAGAUAUUCGCGGGGUGGCAAGAUAGCGCCGCGAAGUUAUAGCGUGAACCCGUUGUUGGGCUACGCGAAACUUAAGGACGACCGUGUAAAGAGACAGUCGGAUCCGGAAGUCAUCUCCCUGUGCCCCACACAAGCGCAGUAUAUUGCUCCCCAAGCUGCUCUGAACAAACAGGGCAACUGGAUGUACGUUGUUAAUCUUCCGGGACAGAACAAGUACACGCAGCUCGUCAGAAGCGAGAAAUGCCUGAACGACGUAUGCAACGGUAUAUGCUCCAUUCCGGAGGGAUACAGAAGUAGAUGCCAGCAACAAUUCGUGCAAAAGAGACUAGUCGCGCUCGAGGGGAGCGGGAAUCGACUUUACACCGAUUUGUUCUGGUUUCCGCACGGUUGCACGUGCCAGAUCAUACCGAAUUACUGAGAAUGCGGCGACUACGGCGCGCGGCGUCGCGCUAUAGCGCAAAUGGGGUGCGUUUUCAGGGGAUAAGCACUAUUAAACGCGGUUGUACACGUCGUUCUCUUCGCGAUUGUAAUUCCGCGACCACAGAGCGCGCCUGGCAACGGCAUUGAAAGUGAGUACCGAUAAUGUAGCGUUCUAUGAACGAUGCGCACCCGAGUAAAUGUGUACCGCGACGUGCAUUACCAGCGGUGUAAGGCGGAGACGAAUACACGUUAUCAGCGUAUCAUUAAUUGCCAUUGUUAAUUGCAAAUCGCAAACGGCGUAAUUCUGUUAAAGGCGUCAAUGAACGCUCUCAACGUGUCUUUGCGAUGAACAGGCGGGGAAUUUUUCAAAAAUGUCGCUGUUCCGAUAUCACAUACGAUAUUACAUGUAUACUCGCGUCGCCCAUUUUUAGCGUAAAGGUGAAAAGGUGAAAAUGGGCAGUGAAAAGCAGCAGCAAGUCGUACCGAUUGG